AUGACAACACUAUUCAAUUUUUUUCGUCCACUAUUACUGCUAUUCACAGUGACUUUAAUUUAUUCCGUACCAGUAACAAGUAUUCAAAAUCUUCAUGCACGAUUCGAUGAGAAUUCUGGCUCAAUUUUUAUUGAAUGGCAAUAUCCAAGAACACCAACCAACAACGGUGUACAUUUCACUGUACGAUAUCGUCUUGGAAGAGACGAUCCAACAUGGAGAUAUGCACGAACUUCUCAACCGCAAUUACGGAUCAAUUUACCGGAAUACAAGAAUGGAAACGAACUUUUUGUACAGGUACAAGCAGAACAAGGUGGACAAAUUAUUGAAGAUUGGGGUCAGGAACUUAUUGUGACCAUCAAUAAAAAGGUAACGAUCGGAGAUAUGGAGAUUGACGACGAUGAACUUGUACCACCUCUGGAUUUCACUGCUCAUGUAUUGAGCCCAUCAAGUGUGAAACUAGAAUGGCGACCACAUGUUGGAGCUUCACCAGAUCUCUUCUAUAUAGUGAACGUAAAACAGCUUACAUCCGAUUCUGGAACCGCUCUUCAUCGACAACAGAUAAAAACAUCGGCAAAUAGUUUCACAUUGGGGAAAUUGAUCGCUGGAGAGAAAUAUGAGAUGACUAUUCGUAGUGCACUCAGCCCAACAAGGAUAUCAUCUACUGCUGCUAUUGUAGAGAUCCAUAUGCCAAGAGAAGCGGAUUAUUUCGAAAUCGGCAAUCUCAUAAUUAGUAGCCAUUUUCAAUCGAACGGUCGUGGAAUAGUGAAUUUAACAUGGGAAGUUCCGCCGAAUAUGGAAAAUCAAGUUGUUUCGUAUGAUGUACAAUACGUAGAAUCAGGAAGUGGUAGCUGGCAAAAAGUCGUAUUUCAUGGAACUAAACCAACAGCUGUACUUCAUAAUUUGAAAAGCGAUACGGAAUAUAUUCUACGUAUCAAAACAACACUCGCUAACAAUAUUCAGACAGAAAGUGGCGAAUUCAAAUUUAAGACACCAAAAGUUGAAGCGAAUCCGAUUCAAAAAGUGGAUGUUAUUUAUUCCCAUGAGGUAAACUCGGUAAAAUUGCAAUGGAUUCUUGAACCGCAUGUUCGAACAGAUCAAAUCGCUGGCUAUGAUGUCUACGUUAGCGACGACAAGGAUAGACCCGAUUCACAAUGGCGGUUGAUACGGCUCAGUAACCGUGAAGCAGCGUUGGCUCUGGAUAACCUUCGAAGUUCAACGGAAUAUUUUGUGAGAGUAAAUAUUCGUAACAAGGAUGGUUCCGUCAUCAGAGCUCCUUCCAUCUACAGGUUUAAAACGAUCGAUUGGCAGCACACAUCAAGAAAUCAUGUGAACCCGUUUGAAUGA